AUGACAUACGACGAACUUGAAAAAGCCUCCGGCAUUAUUGAGGUAUGGCUGAGAAACAAGGGACUUGCGCCAGAGACUCUUGUUAGUGUCUUAGCACCACGCUCUUGUCAGGCAGUUGCUGCCAUCCUGGGUAUUCUCAAGGCCAACCUGGCUUACAUGCCUCUGGAUGUUAAGGCGCCAGCAUCUCGCAUUGGCGCAAUUCUCUCAGCGGCUCCGGGUCAUAGACUGAUUCUUGUUGGUCCCGAUGUGGUAUUCCCGGUGUUAUCACAAGCAGACGUCACACUUGUCUCCAUUCCAGAGAUCUUCAAAGCCCGACAAUCAGAGACUAUCACAGAUGCGACAAAACCCUCAGCAACAAGCCUGGCAUAUGUCAUGUUUACAUCGGGAUCAACUGGUCAACCCAAAGGUGUGAUGAUCGAGCACCGCGGCGUUGUGCGUGCUGCUGCUGUUCUUUCACCAAUUUGGGGUACAUGUCCCGUGGCACAUAUAGCAAACAUUGCCUUCGACACGUCCACGUCCGAGAUAUACACCCCUCUGUUCAACGGUGGCACAAUCAUAUGCGUUGAUGACAUGGUUGCUGUCGACGCACCCCGUCUAGGAGAGCUCUUUCACAAAGAAAAAGUCGAAGUUGCGGUGUUGGCGCCGGCAUUAUUGAAGCAGUGUCUCUCCGCUUCCCCAUCAACCUUGGAAGCGUUGCGUAUACUAUUCACAGCUGGAGAUCGACUGGAUGCCCAAGAUGCGAGAAGAGUACUGGAUUUGGUUCGUGAAGGUGUCUUCAAUUCUUACGGGCCUACCGAGAACUCGGUUUUGAGCACCUUGUAUCAACUGAGAAAAGAAGACAACUGUGUCAACGGUGUUCCAAUCGGGCGGCCUGUCGCAUACUCCGGCGCAUACGUCGUGGACCGUGAGUUGCGACCAGUUGCAUCGGGAGUGAUUGGAGAGCUCCUAGUUACUGGAGAUGGUGUUGCCCGCGGCUACACUGACCCAGCCCGGGACGAAGGUCGGUUUGUCAACAUUAUUCUCAUUGAAGGAAACGAACCGGUGAGGGCGUACCGGACCGGAGACCGUGUUCGGCGCCGCCCCGUUGAUGGGCUGCUGGAAUUCUUCGGACGCCUAGACUACCAAGUCAAGAUCAGGGGCCACCGUGUCGAGCUACCGGAGGUGGAACAGGCCCUGAUGAUGGCAAAUGAGACUGUCAUAGAUGCUGUGACAGUCGUUCGUGAAGUUGGGGAAGAGAGUGAUCGAGAUGUUGAGCUUGUCAGUUUCGUCACAAUCUCCGAGGCGGAUGUGAGCGAUAGUAGCCACACAAAUGGCGAGACCUCAGGCGCAUUGGCUGCCGAGGACAAAACGGAGCAGGGACAAGUCGACGCAUGGAAAGAACACUUUGACAAGUCAUCAUACGCUGACAUCGAAAGCCACAUUGAUACUGACAAGCUGGGAAGGGACUUUAUCGGGUGGACUUCCAUGUAUGAUGGGAAGCCCAUCAACCUGACCGAGAUGAACGAAUGGUUGGACGAUACCAUGACAACACUUCUUGGUGGAGGGGAGCCUAGGAAUGUUCUUGAGAUCGGGACAGGAAGUGGUAUGAUCCUGUUCAACCUCCCCCGAUCUAUAGAAAGCUACGUUGGUCUAGAACUUUCAGAGCAGGCGGCCGCUUUCGCGAACAAAGCAGCCAAUACGAUUCCGGUUUUAAAGGGGAAAGUCGAUGUGCGUGUCGGCACAGUUACUGACCUUAACUCCAUCGAUAACCCUCGCUUUAACAACCCGGAUUUGGUCGUCAUCAACUCCACAGUUCAGUACUUCCCCGGACCAGAAUAUCUCCUAAAGGCGAUCGAGAAUCUCCUACAGUUGGGUAGUGUUGAAAGACUGUUUAUAGGUGACGUGCGGUCAUAUGCCCUAUAUCGAGAGUUCCAAGUCAGCAAAGCACUUCACGGUAUCAACUUCUAUUCACAGGGAAUCAGUCUCGAUUCUCUUCAACAGAGUAUGGCGGCUAUCGAACGUGCGGAAGAGGAGUUACUUGUCGACCCGGCCUUCUUCACUGCUCUCAAGGAGAGACUACCGAAUCUGGUUGAACACGUUGAGAUUCUGCCCAAGCAUAUGGUGGCUACCAACGAGCUGAGCUGUUAUCGGUAUGCCGUUGUGAUACAUGGCAAACCUGUCUCUAAAUCGGCCAACAAACUUCCGGUGCGAGAGCUUGGAGACGGCCAGUGGAUUGAUUUCCAGAAGAACCAGUUGACCCGCCAGUCGCUCCUUGAUAUGCUGGAUGGUCGUGCCAAGACGAACUCUGACCCUGAGCUUGACAUUGUUGCCAUCAGCAACAUUCCAUUCAGCAAGAUCGUGUUUGAGCGUGGUGUUCUCGGACACUACGAUAACAACAAUGGCCGCAAAAGCACAGAUUCAGUAGACUGGCUUGAAGGUUGCCGCGUUUCUGCUACUACUUCGAUUGACACUGGCGGCUCCCUCUCGGCUGUGGACCUGCAUGAAAUCGCUGGUUCUGCAGGAUACUUGAUCCAAAUCAGCUGCGCUCGACAGGAGUCACAAAACGGUGGCAUUGAUGCUGUUUUCUACCGCGACCCUUGUCCUGAAAGAGUAUCCCGAAUUCUAUUCAACUUCCCGACCGACCACCAAGGACGGGACUGGAAGUCGUUCACGAACGACCCACUGCAACAACGACACUGGAGACAAGUGGAAGAGAAACUUCGAUCACAUCUCAAAGCACGUCUGCCAUCGUAUAUGGUACCCUCUGUCGUUCGGGUGCUGGAAGCUAUGCCCCUGAAUGACAACGGCAAAGUCGACCGUCGAGAGUUGACCAAGAAGGCACAGACUCUGGUAGUUUCCAAGUCGUUCUCUGGUAGUUCAUCAGCUUCCAAGUCCAAGGAUCAUCCACGGACUGAACUUGAACACGCAGUGUGUGAUGAAUUCGCAAGUGUCCUCGGCCUGAGCCAGGAUGAUGUUGGCAUUUCUGACGACUUUUAUCACUUGGGCGGACACUCACUCCAGGCUGCUAGACUGGUAUCACGUUUGAACCAGCGACUUGGCUGUCGACUAUAUGUGUCAGAUCUAGUCCGCUCACCGACACCAAUGGCACUUGGUUCGCUAAUAGCCAACUUGCCGACCAACAUCCCCAACGGCAAUGGAGUAAACGGCGACAAGAGUGAUGGGACAAAGCUAAUUAUCAAUGGGCAAGUCAAUAACAACCUAGAACCACCAAGAGGGUUCUCGGAACUGUACAGUCGACCCCAGUCCAAGUUCACCAUUGUCCUGAUCCAUGGCCUUUGGGGUCAGGGCAGUGUCUUCGCACCCAUGAUUCCUUUUCUUGAUCCUCUAUUCGACGUUCUGGUUCUCGAUGACCCCUUCUUUGGUCAAGCUCAAGGACCCGAGUCAAUUCAGCAAUGGGCCAAGAUUUACCUGGACCAUGUACAGGAGCGACUAGGCAACAAGUCUGGAAGCACUCUCAUAUUUGGAGGGUACUCCCUUGGUGGGCUUAUUGCAUAUGAGAUGGCUUCGCUUUGGUAUUCGAGACAUGGCGAAUAUCAGGCUCUGCUACUUCUUCUUGACGCAGCGAUCUGUCUACGAUCAAGCCAUACCUCGGUCCUUGCUUUUGCUUGUUGA